AUGUAAAUUAACUAAUUGCCAUCUAAUUAUUAGGAUAGAUUAGCAGAUUUGGAAGCUCGUAUUCUAAAAAAACCUAAAAUUGAAAUUUUAGAGGCUUUUUAAAAAGGAAAUUCUUUUGAGGUUUUUUCUUCUUAAAAAGAUCAUAAAUUAUCAAUCAAAUAAUAAUCUUUAUAAGGAACUCCUCGUAAGAGUUCUAGUGAUCAAACACUCUUUCGAUAAUUACAAAUUACAAAGUUUACAAAAAGUGAUUAGAAGAAAUAAAAUUAUAAUAUAAAUUUUGAUUUAAAUGAAAAUGAAUAAUAAAAUGCUGAUUAAAUAUUGAAAUAGAAAUUAAAUACAAUAGCAAUUUAAGAUAUCAGAAUAAAGGAAUUAGAAACAAGAGUAAAUGAAUUAAAUUAAGAAUUAUAAGUAUAAUUAUAUAAUUAUAUAAAUAAAAGGAAUAGAAGGAUUAAUAAUUUAAAAAUGAAAAUGUAGUAAAAUAGUUUGUAAUAGGAUUGGAUUAAUUUGAGAGAGUAUAAAUUGAAUAAGAGAUUGAGAAGAAUAAAGAGAGAUUAGGAGAAUAUUCUUAUCAAAGAGAAAAGACUUAAAUUUAAGAAGUAUGGAUGGAUGGAAAAGAAAUUAAAUAAUUAAAAGAGAAACUUAAAAUGAUUGUAAAUUAAAAAGAGGAUAUAGAAAGUAAAAAGAAAUAAUUUCAAUUUCAAUCUUCAUCUUAAUAUCUGAAAUAUAUAUUACUAUUAAAAGAAGAAUAAUAAUUAUAAGAAUAAUUAUGCCGUUUAGAAAAUGAGAAACAAAUCUUUUUAAAAUAAUUAAGGAGGUAAUAUGAUGAAAAACGUGCUCGAUUUAAGAAGAUUAAUGAAUAUCGAACUAUAGGAGAAAGAUAUGUAUUACUUUAAUUAUUAGGCAAAGGUGGUUUUAGUGAAGUCUAUAAAGUAUUAUUCAUAAUUAAAUUAAGGGAUAUGAUUUAAAAGAAUUAAAGUAUGUUGCUUGUAAGAUUCAUUAAUUAAAUCCAGAUUGGUCAACUAUUUCAAAAUCAAAUUAUGUUAAGUAUGCUACAAGAGAGUAUAAAGUUCAUAAAGAAUUGUUACAUCCCAAUAUAGUUAGAUUAUAUGAUUCAGUUGAAAUUGAUUUGAAUACAUUUUGUACAGUUCUUGAAUAUUGUGAUGGAUGUGAUUUAUCCAUCUAUAUCAAAAGAUAUAAAUACUUUCAAGAAAAGGAAGCCAAAUUAAUUAUUUAAUAGAUGCUUAAUGCUAUUAGAUAUAUUCAUUAGAAUAAUAUAAUUCAUUAUGAUAUCAAGCCAUAAAAUAUAUUAUUUCAUCAAAAUGAAAUCAAAUUAUCAGAUUUUGGAUUAUGUAAGGUAGUUGAUAAUGAUAAAUCAAAAACGGAAUUGACUUCAUAAGGUGUUGGUACUUAUUGGUAUUUACCUCCAGAAUGUUUUCAUAUUGGAGAAUAAUUACCUAAUAUUUCUAAUAAGGUAGAUAUUUGGUCUUUAGGAGUUAUAUUCUAUGAAAUGCUUUAUGGAGUAAAACCAUUCGGAUAAGGAUAUAGUCAAGAAAAUAUUCUAAAAAAUAAGGUAUUUUUUAAUUAUGUUAUUACAGAUCAUUUUAUAAUCAGAGAAUGUUAGUUUUCCAACAAAACCACAUGUUUCAAAUGAAUGUAAAGAAUUUAUUAAGGGAUGUUUAAAUUAUUGUUAAACAGAAAGGUUUGAUUUUGUUUAAGCUUGUAAUCAUUAAUACAUGUAGCAGAGAAAAUGA